AUGGUAGUCGGAAAAAGUGACCCACUCACGAUGGUGCAGGAACUCCCGAACAACGUACCCGAAGAGCUCUACAAUCUUACCCAGCUGGCCGAUGUAUCGAUAGCGGCGGGUAAACUAAGCACCGGCAGCCCAUCGCCAUCGUACUACGAAUCGUACUACCUGAACCAAGGCACGACCAAGCUAUACAGUCCGAUAAAAUACAACAUCCUACGCCACCACUGUGACUCAUCUGCAAAAAUGAUCACCAACGCCGUCACACCGCACGCUGCCGGUCUUACGACCUCCGCUUAUCACACCCUAAAACACACCGAGCCAACACAUGCAAUCUUACUCGAAGAGAUCGAUAAAGGCUGCGUCACAAAGCGUUCGCCUCUUUACCCUGGUCUAGCGGGUGAAUCGAUCACCAAUCUGCACACACCAUCCGAAAAUGAUGCACUGAUGGUUGCUGUACCGGCAAAAAAGAAAUGGACCAAAAAGUGGGAAAUAAUCCAUGGUUCGGCAAGUCCGGGCGGUCCGAUCGUUAAUCAGCUGCAGCCGCAGCAGCAACAGCAACAAUCGGAAGAACCCUUGUACAUUGUUCGACCGUUACAGGUAGAGCAACCAUUACCCGCUCCGCAUGUAUCACCCGAGUUGAUACCGACCCUUUCCGUAGGUGAUAACGAACGUUCGGGGCUAAUCUACUAUGCACCGACGAUAAAACGUAUCGACGAUGGCGAAGAUGAUAAGGAGUGUCGGAAGGUGGGUGACGAUAAGCAGAUACAGCUGUACACUAUAAUAGGAUGUCCUGAGCUUCAGGAACCCGUCAGUUGCUUCGGCAACGGCCCGCAGGCCACACCGGUAGCGCACACAUUCAGCGGUUCAUCGUCGUCGGAAGAAUCGCAGGAUUCGGGACCGGCGGAGAGCUAUUCGCACAAGGUGUUUGAUCGGAAAAAGUCCCGCAAGAUCAGCACGGUCUCGUCCAGAAGUAGUGACAGUACGGUGAGUGUUGAACCGAGUGUACUUGAAGCGGAUGGUACCGCCCAGGAGUUUAUGGUCGUUCCACUGGAGGAUUCGUCUGAAUCGAUGCUACGAAGCAGCAGUGAAGUUGAGGAACAUCCGGAUGAUCACAGCAUGAAGAGCAGCAGUGAGGAGACUGCAAAUUCCCGCCCAGAGGAUGUCCACCGGUGUCCCGAGUGUAACAAACGCUACUCGACGUCCUCUAAUUUGGCAAGACAUCGUCAAACGCACCGUUCCCUAGAGGAUCAGAAAGCUCGUCGAUGUCCCUACUGCUCCAAGGUGUACGUUUCGAUGCCGGCCUACUCGAUGCACGUCCGUACGCACGAUCAAGGCAGCAAGUGUCCAACCUGUGACAAACGCUUCUCCCGUCCCUGGUUGCUGCAGGGCCACAUCCGCACACACACGGGCGAAAAGCCGUUCAAGUGUAACGUCUGCAGCAAAGCAUUCGCCGACAAGUCUAACCUGCGAGCACACGUACAAACACACUCGAACACGAAACCGUACCAGUGUGGCCGGUGUGGUAAAUCGUUUGCCCUCAAGUCCUAUCUCUGCAAGCACGAAGAUUCAUCCUGUCUGAAGAACGAUAAGCCACAGAAGGUACGGAAACCCACGUCUGGUGGACGAGCGCGACGUAAACCUUCCCGAAACGAUCAUACGGAAACGAUCGCUCCUACACCGGUAACUUUGGAGGGAGGAUCCGUAUCAACUGUACCGGGAACCAGUAGUGCCAGCAACGGUGUGAUGGAACACCGGACAAUUCAACCGUCCGAUACCCGUUAUAACUAUCCCUCCAACGUUCCCUUCAAAGAUGUGCUUCGGGCAAAGAUCCGAGAAGUUGUAGAGGACAACUGCAAACGAACGGCUCGUCUUCGAGCGGCCACAAAUGGCACACUGCCGGGUAAUGUCACCCGGGAGCCAUCUCCGCCGAGCAAUCGUAUUAGUGUUAUUCGAAUGGCUGGUACUCCGGGAAGUUAUGCCCUGGAUGGGACAAAGAUGUCCACCACCAGUAGUGCGGAGUACGCACAAAGCUACGCCGUGAUUGCGUGA